UGUUGUGAUAAACUUAUUAAAUAGAUACAACAUAAUGUCUGGAACUUGAUUUCGUUAGCAACGCAGUUAUAUCUAUUGACUAAAGAGCUGCAUUUGACUUGUAUUUUUGCGCAAUGGGGGAUACAGAAGAAAGCAAUGGUAGCUCGCAGCCAGCUGAAGUUGCGAUGGACUCGAAUCCAAGUGAGCAGAAUGCUCCAACUCCUCUAGCCACCCAGACCAGCAGGCCUGCUCUGGAUGCGGAUGAAAUGAGGAGGAGGCGACUGGCGAAAAUAGGCGGAACUACACCUGCAACACAACCUGCUAAAUCUGCCGUGCUCAACCCGGUAACGGAUUUGUCGCAGUCCAUCAUCCAACCAGUAGCCAAACUGCCACGCAACCGAACAGAAACAACGCAAUCUCUCAGGACUACCUCCGUUCCAAAAAUGGCCACACCUAAUUGCGAAGAAUCUAUGCUUAAAAUUGCACGAUCGGUUUGCGGGCCGAGUGUCAAGUUUGAGACAAGUAUGACCGAAGAUAUAUUUUCGGCUAAUCCUGCUUCGGUAUUAGGAAGUUUAAUUUUGGAAUCGUGUCAAAGAGUUUAUACAGAAACGAGUAGAGAAAACGAUACGCUUAAAAGGGCAGCUGGUUCUAGUUCUAAUGUGAAAUCAUACAGCUGCCUGAAAUUUCUUUUUGAACUCCAUCAAAGUGCUAUUCGAAAAAAGAACCAACUGAAAGGAAUGAAUGCUGACGAAAGUUUGAAGAAAAAAAUUGAACUUGUGGCGUAUAUUGAAAAAGCUUCGCUUCGCUUUUCGGUGCUAGUCCUCAAUAAUUAUUUUGCAAAGGAUGCGGACUCAUUUUGCGACCCUUGCAAUUCCGUGUUGUAUCACCUCAUAGUGGAAAACAACUCAGCGUGGGACUUCAUGGUGGCAAUUUGUUCAAUUGUUAAAACAGAGUUUCCUGAACAAGUUUUCACCGAAGUUUUCAGCUCGCUUCUGCAGACCAUUUCGUUCAAAAUUUCAGUAGAUAGUUCGGUCAAUAAUCCAUCUUCAUCGAACGCGCUUGAUAUGAUGUGCAACCUAUUAGAGAUGCAGGUGGAUGUCCUGUCUGAGAAAGUGGUCUGCAAACCAUUCGUGGAGUUGACUGUGAAGCAGGAAAACUGGUUACCGGCGCCUUUGACGGCAGCUGAAGGACGGGAAAUCCAGAGGCUCUCCUUUUUGGGUCCUUUUCUAAGUGUGUCUUGUUUGAACGAAGACGACCCUCUUUUUGCAACGUCGGUGGUUCCCGGAGGCCUAGAAGAUUUUAAAGAUCUGGUCAUCUUCAAAAAGAUCCAACAGAUUGUUUACCAGCUAAGAACGAAGCAGCACCUAAUAGUACGUACUCUUCUGGUGAAUCAAUCGACACGUGCAAAUACACUUGACCUGUUGGCCAACUUCCUCACUCGCAACAUGAAGAGAGCCCAGUUCCAGCCGGACUCAUCCACGUUGGCAACUCAUGGAUUCAUGCUCAACUUCCUCUACAUAUUGUGCGAACUGGAGACGAAAGUGACGUUGGACAAAGUUGAUGCGAACUAUCUGGUGCAUCCCAGAAGUAGAUUCGAUUUGUCCAACGAGAGUCUCCUCAGGAUGUCUUCUCCUGAGUUGGCCGAGUACCGCGACUCCAUCAAGGACGACGGAACUGCUCCCAGAUUCCCCACUGAGUGUUUCUUCUUCACCCUCUACGGAAGCCACCUCUGCUUCAUUCCUGUCAUCAAACACUACACCAAUGUGAUGCGAACUUACAAGCAGAUGAAGGCAGUUUUGACAGAGGCGGAGAAACAGCAGGACCGUAUGUCCAACUCAUUUGUGCAGAACAGACUGCGUGAGUUGAGACAACAGCUGGAGAGCUACUACAGGAGUGCAGUUACUCUGGGUGCGGUGUUAGCAGAGGAGAAUCUUUUGGGACUCAUGUUCCACUACUACUCCAAGGUCAUGGAUCUGAUCUUGUCAAUGGUAUCCGCCCCUGACUCCUCGAAAGGACUUUUCGGCCAAGUCAAGACACCAACUUUGCCCUUAGCUGAAGAAGUGCCCAAAUCAUUCGCUUCUUUUCCCGCUUUUGUCAUUGAAGAUAUCGCGGAUUACAUCACCUACGUUGUCAGGAAUGCCCCCAAAACCGUUUCCUCAGACCAGAACAGUUCUCGCUCUCUCGUGAACUUCCUGGUGACGUUUGCCUGCAGUCCCAACUACAUAUCGAAUCCCUACCUUGUGGCCAAAGUGGUUGAGAUCAUUUUCCUGCUGAAUCCUGGCAACUCACAAUCGCCUAAUACGCUCUACCAGCAAAUUCUGGACCACAAAGAGGCCAUAGACCACUUCGCGCCCAGUCUCAUCCACUUCUACGUGGCCAUAGAGUCCACUGGGAGCAGCAACGAGUUCUACGACAAAUUCUCUAUCAGAUAUCACUUGACCAUUAUUUUCAUGUCCAUGUGGAACAACCCCACACACAAGGCGUGUAUGGUGCACACUUUGAACAGUGGGGGAGAAAUUGUGAGAUUUGUGAAUUUACUCAUCAAUGACACGACCUUCCUUCUAGAUGAGAGUCUGGAAUGCAUCAAGCGAAUUCAUGAAACACAGCAAUUGAUGAAAAAUACAACAGAGUGGAAUAAACUUUCCAAAGAUCAACAAGGUGCCAAAAAGAAGAAACUGCACGAAGACGAAAGCCAGUGUCGCAGCUACAUGACUCUAGUGAAUGAGACCCUGAACAUGUUCCAUUAUCUCACGAGGGAUGUGCAGAAGCCGUUUCUGCUUCCCGAGAUCAUCGGCCGACUGGCCGCCAUGCUCAAUUGCUAUCUGUCUCAACUUGUGGGACCGAACUACAAAGAACUUAACAUAGAGAAUCGAGAGAAAUACGGAUUCCAACCGAAAGCAUUGCUGGACAACAUCACUGACUUAUAUCUGCACCUCGAUAGUAAGGAGCUGGUUGAGGCGAUUGCCGCCGAUGACAGGUCUUAUCGGGAAGAAAUCUUUGUGAGUGCGGAGGAGACACUGAGGAGAGUGGGUCUGAAGACUGGUUCUGAACUAGAGAGAUUCAGAAGGAUGGCCAGUGAGGCCAAACAGUGCUAUCUGGACAACAUCCAGAUGGAGGAGGACUUCGAGGAUGCCCCAGAUCACUAUAGAGAUCCCAUCACACAGGCUCUGAUGACUGACCCAGUUCGACUUCCGAGCGGCAAAGUGAUGGACAGGUCAGUCCUUAGCAGAAUUCUCCUAGACAGUGCCAUUGACCCCUUCAGUCGCCAGCCACUCUCCCAAGACAGCAUCGAGGAGUGUCCGGAACUGAAACUGGAGAUAGACAACUGGAAGAAGAACAGAGUCAGUCAGAAAUAGAUGUAAAUUGAAGAAUAUAAUUUGAAUCAACAGUGAAGAAAAAUGGAGUCAGUUGAAAUUUGAACGGACAGCAGCAGAACAUCGUUGAACUUCGGCAAACCAUUUAUGACAGCAGAUAUGAAGAUAUUCUGAAAUGAGCUUAUUAUUUAAAAACACAUUCAUGCUAAAACUGUGUACUACGCUUAAAUAAAUUGAUGAUACCGUUUUCAAAGAUAAAAGAACGUUGCUUUCAACUGUGUAAGCUAAUAGUGUAAUUUAAUUUGAACUGUUCAUGAUUGAAUUUCAGCUGAAAUGUUCCUGGUUGUGGUGAAAAUGAGGUAAAACUUCAAGGUGUAAUCUUAUAACAAAAUUGGAAUGAUUUUUGAUCAGAAUUUGGUUUUGCCUCAUCUGUUUAAAUUUGUAGGCGUCAAUAAUCUGCAAUAGUGUCAUAUUUUACGUUAGAAUUGGAGAUAUUAAAAUUUAUCACAG